AACGGGAGGGAAGAAGAAGAAGAAGAAGAAGAAGAACAAGAAGAAGAAGAAGAAGAAGAAGAAGAAGAAGAAGAAGAACAAGAAGAAGACGAAGAAGCAGCAGACGAAGCAACAGGGAUGGCGAUUGAGUUCAAAUGAAAGACUGGACUACAUCUGGUGGAUAUGCUUCGGAAAAGUUUGCCAGAUCCCGGGGAGGAAGAUUUAAUUUGGACCGCAAGGCAUGAAGGCUGAAAAAGUUGCAAACAUCCAAGUAAGACGGGGUAACCAUCUCGUGUAAGAAGCUGCUGAAGUUAAAUCAAAACCUUGUAUGAGGAGGGAGAUUUGCGCAAUGACGCGCUCAUAGAAAAGGAUACAAGUUUUGGGAAUAUCUCCGUCCUUUUUCGGCGUAUCAAGGAAGUUUACGUCGCUUGAGGAGAUAAGAUUCUAUCACUCUAUCUGUAUCCUGUCCUCGCUGCCGGGGGGCGAUGGGGGCCGCGCCGGGCUCAGGCUGGGAGGAGGGCGAGUUCGAGUUCAAGUUGGUGUUUGAGGAAGACCCGCCGCUCCGGCAGAGCCAGGGGCCAUCCCCGGUGCGCGCAGCCGAGCCGGAGAGCUGCAUUCCCGGGGAGGAGAGUGAGGGAGCCCUGCUGCACCUGGAGCCCUCCAACUGCAUCAACAGCAGCAGCCUGGUUACAGAUCACCACCUGGCUACCAAUCAUGCAGGACACUCAAUCAGCAUCCCCAGCCCCCCAUCCUCAGCCAAUCAGAGAGCAGGGAUGCAUUCCCCGCCACCACGCCGGGCCACAGUCAGAGAGUUCAGCGGGACCUAUGAGAGCCUGCCAGCACGCUCUGUACAGGUUUCAGAGUCUCGUGUGGUCGAGUGUCCCAGCAUCCAGAUAACGACUAUUUCCCCUGAAGACGACCCAACUCCCACCAUUUCCAGUUACUGGGACAUGGGUGGCGGUGGUAGCUGGGACCGCGAUCGCCUCUACCUCCCCCUGUUGGACCCCUUUAGUUACCGCGACAGAUGCCCGGGCUCCCUCAGCCCCAGCCCCGCCUCCAGCCCCUCCUCCCGCGGCUGGCUCAGCCCCGCCUCCAGCUGUGACUCGCUGCUGGUGGAGGAGGAGGAACUUAAUGAUGCCACCAUUCAUUUUGGGCUCUCUCCGUCCUCGAGGCCCACUUCACCUGGGGGUAAAAAGCGCAGAAACUCCCCCCUGGCCUCCCCCUGUACCUCAAGAAGAAGCAGCUACUCAGAGGACCUGCAGGGAUGCAACCUGGAGGGCGGGGACUCCAUCAGUCUGUCGCAAGCUCCGCCCAGUAGCUGUGAGCUCAGCAUCCCACAGAAAACCAGGAAGACGUCACUGGAACAGUUGUCUCCUAGGGAGGUGGAUCAGGAGCAGGCUCCAGGCCACAGUUCCCCCUGCAUGCUGCAAGAGUUACAGCAGAGCAGGAGAGAGCCCCCCUCAGUGGGCAUGGACUACCUCUCUGUGCCCCCUGCUCUCGCCUGGGGCCGAACUCGAGCCAACGCUCACAGUCCUCUGUUCAGGUCGAAUGCCUUGCCACCUCUCGACUGGCCGCUGCCGUCCCAGUUUGACCAAUACGAGCUGCGUAUCGAGGUGCAGCCCCGCCCACACCACAGAGCGCACUAUGAGACGGAGGGGAGCAGAGGAGCUGUCAAAGCUACACCAACAGGACAUCCUAUUGUCAAGCUGUGUGGAUACACAGAGAGGAAGCCACUCUCCCUUCAGGUCUUCGUUGGAACAGCUGACGACCGAUCGAUCAGGCCACAUCCUUUCUAUCAGAUACACAGAGUGACGGGGAAGAUGGUGGGCACGGCCAGCCACGAGAGUGUCCAGGCAGGGACCAAACUGCUCGACAUCCCGCUCAACCCGGAGAAUAACAUGACCGCACUUAUCGACUGUGCUGGGAUUCUGAAGCUGAGGAACUCGGACAUCGAGCUGAGAAAAGGAGAGACAGACGUCGGACGAAAAAACACUCGUGUCCGUUUGGUUUUUCGUACCCACCUCCCUCUAGCGCCCCCUGUAUCCCCAUCUGGCAGAGUCCUGGCUCUGCAGGUCGCCUCCCUACCCAUCGAAUGCUCCCAGCGCUCGGCUCAGGAGCUGCCCGUCAUUGAGUCUGUAAGUCUAACUUCCUGCUCUGUGGAGGGAGGAGAGGAGCUGCUGCUGAGCGGCUCCAACUUUCUGCCAAUCUCCAGAGUCCUCCUCAUGGAGAGAGGGACAGAUGGUAAACUGCAGUGGGAGGAGGAGGCUCAUGUCGACAGAGACAACAGCAACGAGUGUCUGUUGUGUGUGAGGGUUCCCGCCUACAGCGACCUGUCCGCCAGUCGACCGGUGUCCGUUAGUCUUUACGUCUCCAACGGGAAGAGGAAAAGGAGCAGCACUCACUGCUUCAAGUAUCUCCCAAUCAUGUUCAAAGAGGAGGACCCGCUGCUGUCUCGGCCCUCUGCUCUUCCUCUGGACGGGGGUCCCAUGUGUCCUGUCGGGGGACAAACCAGGAUGGACAGGGGCUUCCACAUGAGAGGCGACCCCAUGGCUGAUGAUCGAGGCCUAGGCUUCCACCUGCCCCCCUACCCCUCCACCUACUCGCCUCCCUGCCCGCCGAUGGGUUACCAUGACGAGUAUUGCUCUAAACCCGACUCUGUGCUGGAGGAUCCCGGCGGGUCCAGGGCGGCUCUGUCUGAGCGUCACCCCAGCUUCGAGAACCUGGAGCUGGGCUUCACAGAGCUCCUUCCUCCCUUGUACCCCCGUGGCCCACAGCCUCCCUCCCCGUCCCCUUCUCCAUGGCUGGACUCACCCUACCUGUCUUCCUCACCUUCUCCGUCCCACUCCUCCUCUCUCAGCCCGUUUCCUACUGGUAGUCCCAUCUCCACCUCCCCCCUGCCUCCCCUCCCCACUUCCCCUUACCCCCAGUACUCCUCUUAUCCUCAGGAGAUGUGUCCCUCCCCGCCCUCCAACCUCAGCCACUAUCAGGACAUGUGCCCAGCGCCCUACUCCCACUACGACGGCUGGGACCCUCAGGGGAGGGUGCAUGGGCUAGGACACGAGGGAGAGAGGGAUGCCAAGAUCCAGGAGUGUCCUCUGGAGUUCAGCAGCCCUGCUUCUAUGCACCACAUCACAUUUGAAGAAGUGUCAGAGUUCAUUGGCGAGGAUAUCCAGUGCUACCAGUCCAGCUCACAGAUGGACAACCAUCCAAACUGAGCUCUGAGAAGUUCAUUUCCACAUCUGGUACUCAGCAAGAAUCUAAAAUUGAUUACGAGGACACUGUUGUAAUUAUGACCACAGGUAACUGUUAUGGUUUUAUAAAGGGAAACUAAUGUUUUUAACAUGUUUUCAAUAUAAAUUAUACAAGAAAGUGAA